GCCGCCCCACAACUUCAGUCCUGCUCUCGGUCUGACGGCGGACGGGCCAUGCAGGUGCGAUGACGAUCGUCCGCAGCCUGCUUUUCGCGCUCGUCUGCGCCUCCCUGGCGCCCUUCACGCUGCAGGUCAACGAGCGCAACGUCAUCCGAAUAGGUGGCCUUUAUGUGCCCAACUAUGAAGAAUUGAUGAUCUCCUUCCGAGCGGCCGUCGACCAUGUCAACAAUGACCGCACCGUGCUUCCGAGGCAUACGCUGGUCGCGCAGACAGAGAAGGUCUCGCUCAAAGACUCGCUCAGCACCUGUGCUAAGGUUUGUGAGCUGAUGGGCGCUGGUGUGUCCGGCAUUUUCGGGCCGCAAAGUGAGGACACGGCCGAGCAUGUCCAGUCGGUUUGCGACACAAUGGAGGUGCCCCACGUGGAGAUGCGUUGGGACCUGGCACAGCGCAGGGGCGCCUGUGCCGUCAACCUCUUCCCGCACCCCAGCGUGCUCGCUCGGGCUAUAAAAGAUCUCGUCGAAACUUGGGAGUGGAAGAGCUUUACGAUAAUUUAUGAGAAUGAUGAUGGUCUCAUCAGAAUGAGCGAGUUGCUUAAAUUGUACGAUCCGAAGGGACACACGGUCACUGUCCGACAGCUAGACCCAGGACCUAAUAAUAGACCUCUUCUGAAGAGGGUGAAAAGCAGCAACGAAAUAAACAUAGUCUUGGACUGCACAAUUGAAAAGCUGCCGGAAGUGUUGAUGCAGGCGCAGCAGGUUGGUCUCAUGGCCAGCCACUACAACUACAUCAUCACGAAUUUAGACAUGCAUACAUUGGAUUUGGAGCCAUAUCAGUACGGAGGCACCAAUAUCACUGGCAUCAGGGUGGUCGACCCUACGGACCCUGACGUGCGAACUUUCGUUCAGGAGAUGAACGAUUUGUCGCGAAAUUUUUCUUUUACGCCAGAAACCAUACGAAUGGAGACAGCGCUAAUGUAUGAUUCAGUUCGCCUAUUUGCAAAAGCUCUUCAUUGGCUGGUGCACAGUCAAAGGGUCGCCUUUCGACCCUUGAAUUGCGAAACCGUCGAAAACUGGGAGCACGGCUUCAGCUUGGUCAACUUCAUGAAAUCGACUGAAAUUAAAGGGACGACUGGCGUGACUCGUUUUGACAACGAAGGGUUCAGAUCGCACCUGGUUUUGGAUAUAGUCGAGCUGACCUACGACGGUCUCGUUAGCAUCGGCACUUGGAAUUCUUCUGAUGGCGUCAACUUGACCCGAAUCCAAACGGCCACCAUCCAAGAAGGCACCGACAGCCUGCAGAACAAAACGUUCAUCGUCAUGACAGCUCUGAGCGACCCGUACGGAAUGCUGAAGGAGGCGAGUCAGAAGCUGAGCGGCAACGAUCGCUUUGAAGGCUUCGGCAUCGAGCUGAUCCAAGAGAUCUCGAUGAUGCUCGGCUUCAACUACUCCUUUAAGCUGCAGCACGACGGCGUUUACGGCUCCAUAAAUAAACAGACCGGCCAGUGGAACGGCAUGCUGAGAGAAAUCAUUGACGACAGAGCACAUUUGGCCAUCACAGAUUUGACAAUCACCUACGACCGUGAGAGCGCCGUUGACUUCACCAUGCCAUUUAUGAAUCUCGGCAUCAGCAUUUUGUACAGGAAACCAACAAAGCAGCCACCCAGCUUAUUCUCUUUCAUGUCACCUUUUUCCAAUGAAGUCUGGGUUUACAUGUUUUCAGCUUAUGUUGGAGUUUCUGUCCUACUUUUCGCCCUGGCCAGGUGCAGCCCGUAUGAAUGGACGAACCCAUACCCGUGCAUUGAAGAGCCGGACCACCUGGAAAAUCAAUUUUCACUGAAAAAUUCGCUGUGGUUCACCAUCGGAUCUUUGAUGCAGCAAGGUUCGGACAUCGCGCCAACGGCAGUGUCCACGCGAAUGGUCGCCGGCAUCUGGUGGUUCUUCACGCUCAUCAUGGUCUCCUCUUAUACAGCCAACCUGGCCGCUUUCCUCACCAUCGAAAGCAUGUCGUCGCCCAUCAAGUCCGUCGAGGACUUGGCCAACCAGAACGUGAUCAAGUACGGCGCCAAAAGAGACGGAUCCACCGCUGCCUUUUUCAGGGACUCCAACUACUCUACAUACCAGCGCAUGUGGCAGUUCAUGAAGGACAACCCUGACGUGUUCACGUCGUCAAACCAGGAGGGCAUUCAGAGGGUGAAAAACUCAAACGGCAAAUACGCCUUCUUCAUGGAAUCCUCUUCUAUCGAAUAUGUGGUCGAGCGAGAAUGCGACCUGGCGCAGGUUGGAGGCCUUUUGGACGCCAAGGGUUACGGAAUCGCCAUGAGGAAAAAUUCUCCAUACCGAAAUGCGAUUAGUGCGGCCGUUUUAAAAUUGCAGGAAGUGGGCAAAAUGUACGCAUUGAAGGUCAAAUGGUGGAAGGAGAAACGAGGUGGAGGACAGUGCAAGGAUGACUCGGCUGGAAGUGGAGCCGCUAGUGAGCUUGGUUUGCCCAACGUAGGCGGCGUCUUUGUGGUGCUAAUCGCAGGCUGCGUAAUGGCAAUGCUCAUCGCAUUUUUGGAGCUGUGCUGGCACGUUGGCCAAAUGACCAAAGACAAAAAGAUUCCAUUCUGGCCAGAGAUUCGGUCAGAAGUUAAGUUUGCACUAAAAUGCAAGGGCUCGACGAAGCCGGUGAGAAAACUGGAGAACGAAGAAGACAUAACUGUGGAAGAGGAAGUGAUAGACGGUGGUUUCACACCGCUCAGUCAGUACCCCCUGGGAGUGAAGACCAAGAGCAAGGCCAGCAUAAACGCCUGACACAACGUCUUUGAAGAGGAAUUCCUCUUUUGAAAAAAAAAAAACUUUGCGAGUUUUAAGCUCAAAACCAAAACGGCAAUAUUGUUUCGCGAAAUAACAAAAAAUCCUCAAGACGUUGGAUUUGAAUUGAGCGAAUUAUUAUUCAGGGUUUAAAUAUUAUUAUUCUCAGCUGUAUUUUUAAUUGAAUCAUUUUGAAAAUUUUAUCGUUCUACUUGUCUCUCAACUAGGCAAGAGGAUGCUUUUAGGAUUUAAGAGAAACUGUGUGAUUAGUCCUAGAGUUAUUUUUAUUUAUUUCUCCAACACCAACGGAGCUACACAAUUACAUUUUUCGUGUUUUAUUCAUUCUCGAGUGUGACAAAACUACAGAAAAUAUAAAUAGAAGACAUUAAGCUAGUAAUUAAUAGUUCAUUAAUUAAUCAUUAAAUUAUAGAUUACGGAUUAAUAAACAGGUGUAUAAAUAGUUAAUUUUGUACAAAGAGCUAGGUAAUAGCAUCCAAACAAUAGGGCAUUGUUAAAACGAGGUUUUCAAUUUAUUUAUUAGAAAUGGAAUGGAUUUUUCAACGUAAGCACGUGUGUUAACUACAAAUUAAUGUAAAUUCAACGUUCAACUUAAAAGAAGUUUCAACUGUGAGUGUGUUUGUGAGUGAGUGUGUCUGGUGGAUUUUUAAUGCUGGUCAUUUAAUCUAAAAAUAGUGUUGUCGUUUUUUAAAAAAAUAUACAGCAACACUUCUCGUGGAAAGCACCAUGCUUUCGGCAGCACUGUCUCUUGCGAACGUAGGUUCGUUUUUUUUUUGCUACUACUCUAAUUAUUGUAACUGCACAAUAAAAAUUGUUAUUCAAAUUCGAUUGCUGCGGAAGAAACGGAUGAAAAGAAGAUUUUUGUUUUGCUUCU